UCUACCCGAGCACUCAGGGAGAUCCUGCAAAGGGCAGGAAAUGACACCUGUGCAGACUGUGGGGCUCCAGAUCCUGACUGGGGCUCGACCUCAUUGGGGGUGUUCAUCUGCCUGGCCUGUUCCGGCAUCCACCGUAACAUUCCUGACAUCAGCAAAGUUAAAUCAUUGAGUCUUUCCCACUGGGAGGACCACGAAGUCCAGUUUAUGGCAGAGAACGGAAAUGAGCGGAUGAAGAGCAAAUACGAGGCUGCCGUUCCCUUCUACUACUAUAAGCCGUCGCACAAAGACUGCCAGGUGUUGAAAGAGCAGUGGAUACGAGCAAAGUACGAGCGCAAUGAAUUCAGCGAGCCUGGAAAAACGUUUACGUACGAGGAAGCCACCAGGGAUGGCACCUUGAUGAAAAUGGGGCGGGACAACGGGCAGUUCCUUACCAGGCGUUUCGUCCUCUCCGAGCGUGAGGGCACGCUCAAGUACUUCACCAAAUAUGAUGCCAAGGAGCCCAAAGCGGUGAUAAAGGUGGACAGCAUCAAUGCAACCUUCCAGCCUGAGAAGAUUGGACACCCUAACGGCUUGCAGAUCACAUACCUCAAAGACUAUAGCACCCGCAACAUCUUCCUUUACCACGACAGCGGCAAGGAGAUUGUCGAUUGGUUCAAUUCUAUCCGAGCUGCUCAGCUUCACUAUAUGAAGGUGGCCUUUCCUGGAGCCACAGAUGCUGAGCUGGUUCCCAAACUCACCCGCAACUUCCUGAAGGAGGGCUACAUGGAGAAAACAGGUCCCAGGCAAACUGAAGGCUUCAAGAAGCGAUGGUUUACUUUGGACCAAAGACGACUCAUGUACUUUAAAGACCCUCUGGAUGCCUUCGCCAAGGGCGAGGUAUUUUUGGGCAGCAAGGAGCACUACAGCGCGUCACCCGGUCUGCCCGCCGGCACCUACUGCAACGGCGCAUGGCAGCAUGGCAUCACCAUUGUCACACCUGACCGCUGCUUCCUAUUUACGUGUGAGACGGAGACAGAGCAGCAAGACUGGCUCAAGCUCUUCAAUGACGUCAUGAAUGCGCAAAUGUCUCCACAGGAAUACACCAUGGAGGCAUUGUUCAAGCACAGACACUGA